GGGUUGAGGCUGUCAAAGGUGUGACGAGAAAGGCUACUGAUGCAGUCUGAAGCAGUCGGAUAAAGCAUUAAAGGUUACGUUCUUCCUGAAAGAAAGUAGCCAACUUGUACCUAACGGAUCAUUACCUGUCAUCCUUUCUACGUACGGUUCGUGACAUCUAGCUAGAUAGGUGGCUGACUAGUAGACUGCUAACCUUUCAAGUCAUGGCCGCUGUUGACAGCUUCCAGCUAUUGUAUAGAGAAAUUGCCAGGUCAUGCAAUUGUUAUGUAGAAACCCUCGCAUUAGUGGGUGCAUUCUACACAGCAAGCAAAGCUGUUAUAUUGAUGCGGGACUGUUACAGUUUGAUAAGACUUCACUUUAUCCCGCGUCUGGUUUAUCCUAGAGAUCUGGUCCACCGAUAUGGUCAGUGGGCUAUAAUUAGUGGUGCAUCAGAGAUCAUAGCUAAAGCCUAUGCUGAGGAACUGGCUAAGAAUGGUGUGUCCGUCAUCCUCAUCAGCGCCGACGUCAGCAGUGUAAGUGGCGCUGUCAAGUCCAUUUCCGAGACGCAUGGAGUGGAGGCCAUUCCGCUCGAAGCAGACUUCAGCCACGGUCCUGCAGUGUGUAAAUCCAUUAAAGAGGUCAUUAGAGACAAAGACAUAGGAUUUGUAAUAAACUGUCUGGACUCCUCUCUGGACAUUCCUCAAGAUUUUCUUGACCUGUCUGAGAGCAAGGUGUGGGACAUUAUCAACACCAGCAUAGCUGCAGCCACUAUGAUUACACACCUGGCACUGGCUGGUAUGGCCGAGAGGCGAAGGGGAGCCAUCAUUAACAUUUCUUCAGGAGGAUGCUUCAGGCCCACACACAGGAAGGCUGCUCUCUCUGCGUCCACGGCUUUCCUUGACCACUUCAGUCGUGCUCUGCACUAUGAGUAUGGUCAUCAGGGAGUCUUUGUGCAGAGUUUGGUCCCUUUCAGAGUUGCCCCUCAUAACGACGCGGCCAAUGCUGGCUGGCUGGUUCCACAGCCGCAGGUGUAUGCAAGGCAUGCUUUGUCCACGCUCGGCAUCUCUCAUAGAACUACCGGCUACUGGCCUCAUACCAUACAGUUACGACUCGUGCAGUGCAUGCCAGAGUGGAUAUGGGUGCUCGGAUCUCGUGUGAUGUCCAGGACAGCAUAAAUGGAGUACCUCAGUCCCUACACAAGUACCCUGAGCCAGGGAUUAGAAUCAGUGUUAUGCAAGACCUUUUGAAAAAUAGCUGCUGAUGUUUGGUGAACCAAUAUCUAAGUUUAUCAUGGUGCAGUGAUUCAUAGAAUGCUAAUAUGGAAAGUGAUCGUCAUGUUGUCUGUGUUAAAAAUGGAAAACAACACUUCUGCAUUUCCUCAACAAUAUACUACAGCCAACCUUCAUAGUAGCCCUUACUAUAACUGAUAGUUCGUCCAGUCGAAGUAUUUGAAAGCUCUAUUGUUGGACUGUUAUGACGUUGAUUGAAAUUGUUAGAAUGCAAACCAAUAUACGUACAUCAGUGUGCUUGGUGUUUUAUAUUCUGCUGUUAUACUGCUGUGAUUGUUUUCCUUCUUUUUUAAUGUAAUAAUUUAUUUAUGUUGGUUGCUUAUUCCAGUUUAUAGGUCAUUACUCUGACUUGAAAAUACCAAUAAAAAGCUGUGUUUUAUGUAA